AUGCAGAGGCUUAUUCUUCUUGGCGGGAGGUUCAUCUCCUCCUUCUCGAGCUCGCUCCGUGCGCAGGAAUGGAAGUUCCGGGGAUUCUCUCAGAUGGCGGAAGCCGUCUCGCCGGACAAUGGCGAUCCGAGAAUGCCGCCCUUCGAGUAUGUCCCCCCGGCCUACGACGGUCCCCCGGCGGAGGAGAUACUGAGGAAGCGCUCGGAGUUCCUCAGCCCCUCCCUGUUCCACUUCUACAAGAAGCCUGUAAAGCUCCCUGGUCCUCUCUCGUAUAUCGAACGCUCUCGGUUCGAAUUGUCAAAAUGGAGAUCAAUCGAUGCGGGAGUUUUUUCCGCAUUCAUUUCUAGGCGUGCAUUCUCUCCUUGAUCUGCGUACCUGAUGAUACUCGGCAUCCUGCAGCAAGGCCUGCGAUCCGCGGGCUAUGGAUGUCCCUUCCUCAUGUUAUUCGUUCUUUCUAUCUUCGUUCCGCUUUCUUAUUUAUCAGUUCAUCUACAGACACAUCUAACUGUUCGGCUGGCUGCUCAUUUUUUUUAGCUAACUUCUUCGUGAUUCUGUUUGUCCUCUAUCUCUCACCCUCCCCCAUCAUUCUGAGAUUAAUGGCAUCGUACACGUCAUGGUAGCCUGUUUUGUGGCUACCGUGUUCAAGUCCAGAUGUUACUCUUUUUACUUUAGUGUCACAGAUUUUGUGGAAACCUAUUAUACCCCUAUCUCCCGGUUGUCCCAUUGCCGAACUCUUAUUCCAGCUGUAACCCGAAGGCUACUUUUACGUCAAUUUUUUCUUCUUUUUUCCCCGAUGGGCGUAUUAAAAGUUAGAUGAGUAGUUUCCAAAUCAGAACUCAGACACGACGAGCAAACUCCUGUGUAUCAGUCUUUCGUGUUUUGCUGGUAUUUUACCUCGUCUUUUGGAUAUCGCGCAGUUAAAUAUCGUCGACGGGAAGAUGCAGUACCUCUUCGACGAGAGUGGGCGCCGAUAUCUUGAUGCCUUCGGUGGGAUUGCCACAGUUUGCUGUGGACACUGCCACCCGGACGUCAUCGAAGCCAUCAUCAAUCAAACGAAACGCCUUCAGCACUCCACCGUUGUAUAUCUAAACCACGCCAUCUCCGACUUUGCAGAAGCGUUAGCUUCAAAGCUUCCUGGCGACCUGAAGGCAUGCAGUUUCCUUUCCUUUUGUGUCCAUUCCCUGUUCUUACCCUUGCCUUCCUUGUCAUUGGAAUGUCUUUUGGUUUUACCAUCUUUUUGUUUCUGGUACUGUAUCCAGGUCGUCUUCUUCACAAAUUCUGGUACGGAGGCAAACGAGCUCGCGUUGAUGAUUGCUCGGAUCUACACCGGCUGCCACGAUGUCAUAUCCCUGAGGAAUUCAUACCAUGGGAACGCAGCUGGGACGAUGGGCGCAACUGCUCAAUCUAACUGGAAGUUCAACAUUGUACAGGUAAGAUCUUAGUGGUAAACGCGAGAUUUAACAGUCGUCAAAAAAUUCGAAAGUAGAUAGCGCAACCCGUCGACGCAACUAUGAGGUCUACUAGUCAUCCUGGUCUUUAUUGAAUAGCCAAGAAGAGGAUACUUCGUUACCCUGGCACCGAUUCGUUUUAUACUAAACGCUACCUCUUGCUAAGAUGCAUGUUCUUUUAUAGUAUAAUUUUCUUGCUGCUUGAUUUGUGUGAAUCUCUAAGACCCUAGGCAUGAAAAAUUAAAUUAUAAUGUCAGAUGGGAACUGUAGUUUUGGACACGGAUGUUAAGGAAUUGAUGUUAAAUAGCAUCUCCAUAGAUGGUGUUCAAGGAGACUUUGGCAUGAUGUCACUAUAAUCCCUACAAAAGGUCACAGAUAUGUCUUCCCUGGCCCUCGAUUUAUACCGAGGAUCAAGAAAAGAGGAGAGAAAGAGUCCUGCCGUCUUUGGAAAGUUUUUUUUUGCGGCGUUACGCAGCAUAACUCUUCUAGUGUUCUUGGAGAGGCACAGAAACUCACCUUCAUCUUUGUUCCGUGUCGUCAGAGCGGCGUGCACCAUGCCCUCAACCCAGACCAAUAUAGAGGUGUUUUUGGAGCUGAUGGAGAAAAGUACGCUAAUGACGUCCAAGAGAUUAUCGAGUACGGCACUUCUGGGCAUGUGGCGGCCUUCAUCUCUGAAGCCAUCCAGGUUCGUGUUUCCAGUGGGCUCCAAGCCUUCUCUGGUUCGGACUGAUCUUGCCCUUGUGCGCAGGGAGUGGGAGGGAUUCAAGAGCUAGCCCCAGGUUACCUCCCUGCGGUAUACAAAAGCGUCAAGCAAGCCGGGGGCCUUUGCAUAGCAGACGAGGUCCAGUGCGGGUUCGCCCGCAUAGGAAACCAUUUCUGGGGCUUCGAAGCUCAUGGCGUCGUUCCCGACAUCGUCACCAUGGCUAAGGUAAGCUCCACCUCCGGCAUUCCAGCUUCCCCUUUUGGAUGCCGUGGUCACAGCGAUAGCGGAAAACGUCUUCUUCCUCACCCAUCUCGUCCCUGAGUACCUCCCUGCACGGGUACGGCUCGUCUCCCCUUCACAGGGGAUCGGGAACGGGAUCCCCGUCGGCGCGGUGGUCACGACCCCGGAGAUCGCGCAGGUCUUGGCUCGACGCAGCUACUUCAACACGUUCGGUGGGAACCCCGUCUGCACCGCCGGUGGGCUCGCCGUCCUGCGGGUGCUCGAGAAGGAGAAGCUCCAAGAGAACGCCUUCCUCGUGGGGUCCUUCCUCAAGGACCGCCUGAGACACCUUCAGGAGAAGCACGACAGUAAGCGCCCGCUUCCCUUUUCGUCACCAUCUUCCUCUUCAGGAUUCUAGAGUUUCGGUGUUCCAUCUCUCUCUCUCUCUCUCUCUCUGCCUACCCUCCCUCUCUCUCUUUCUUCAGUUAUCGGCGAUGUCCGGGGAAUGGGCUUGAUGCUGGGCGUAGAGCUGGUCACCGAUCGCGAAGCCAAGACUCCGGCCAAAGCGGAGACACUCCAGGUGAUGGACCAGAUGAAAGGUCGGUAUCCCUCAAACCCUCCAUUCAGACGGCAGUCCACCGAACACCUCCCAAGCCCCGUCAUGACCUUCUCUCCCUUCUCUGUAGAGAUGGGCGUCCUCGUGGGGAAGGGCGGCUUCCACGGGAACGUCUUCAGGAUCACCCCUCCCCUCUGCAUAACCAAGGAGGACGCGGGUUAGUUCUCUUCAAUUCCUCCCCUCCCCCCCCCCGGUUAUUCCACCCAUUCUCAGACCUCUUAGGGCUUCCUACCCUUCGCUGCAGAGCUCCUCGUGCACGCCAUGGACCUCGCACUCACCAAGCUCUGA